UGCAGCUCUCGACUCAGUGAUUUUCUUCCUCUUCCUGGCACAGCAUCCCAUUUUGUUCAGUGUGGAGCCGAGCAGAUCGGUGUUUUCUUUGAGUGUUUAUGGCUUCAGCCUGCACUGAUGUCUGUGCAGCCAUUUCGUCUCCUCCGCCACACCCACCUUAAUGAACAACGCUAACGCUGGUAGGGCUGGAGACGUCCUUUCAUGACCGCACCACCUGGAUUGCCUUGACUGUUUGGCUUCCAUGAUGCUUGGUCUACAGGGAAGUACUUCAACCCCCAAGAUGUAUCGUUGUGUGGCAUGUUCAGCCACCUUCCCUGGAUUGGCCUCUUUGCUCGUACAUCAAGCAACCCAUGCUAGUGUACUCCCCAAGGUCUCUUCCCAGCCACAACUGAAUGUCAGCCCUCCUGAAACACUGUUUGGAAGUAUGAACUCAUCCAGUGAGCAACCCGGUCCACUCUUGCCUGAGUGCCCUUCACCUUUUUGUUAUAUUUGUGAUUGUGGAGAAGAGUUUCAGGACUUCAGUCUAAUGCUGGAACAUAAGCAGUCACAUAUCCCUGAAAUCCAUCUACUGCCACCUCCGAAUUGUAAUAGUGCUGGCUCUAGUAAAAUAGCAUUCGAUAAAGAUUUAACCUCCCUGCAUGUACCAGAAGAAACACAGCCAGAUUUGGCCCUUAGUCUCCCCUCUACCUCAAGGUAUCCAGAUGUUAAACUACCCACGUUAACAGAACAUAAAGCAAAUGUAAACCUGGAGGAUGGCAUUGCCAUAGUAACCACUCCUCAAGGCCAAAGUACACCUUCUCAAGAUGAAGGUGAGAAACAACUUGAGAAAAUAUCAGGCCCAGCAGAGCUCAUACCACAGACUGUAGAGGACAUGCAUGUGCAGGACCAAACACAUUCUGUUCCCAGCAGCAUAAAGGGUGAGUUCUUGCCUAAAAAUAACGCUUUAAUGAAGAUGCUCGCAACAGCAUACAUGAAGCACUUGCCACAGCCACUGUCUGAGAAUGAAGACGAUAACACCGUUACCCCCAAACAAGAAGUGGUCCCCGUUGAUAUAACAACAGAAGCUAAAACUGAAGAGCCCCCAAUCAACAAUCUUUCAAUUUUACAGUUGAGGCGGCUGCUUGCAAAACCCGGUAUAAAGACAAAAGCUCCAUCCAUCAGCAGAAUUCUCGAAUCCAGUAAAAAGAAGGUUGUCUCUCUAACUAAGACUUUAUCCCCCGUAGUGGUUCUUGAAACCCGCCAAAGGCUCAUGGAUCCUGGCAGUAAUGGCACAUAUGGGAGAUAUCAAUGUGGCCGCUGUCGAAGGGUCUUUCAAGAUGUAGACAAACUUGCAGAGCAUCAUUUCUUGCACAAAAAAGAGAGGAUUAAAUGUUGCCGUCGCUGCAAACAGCUGAUCAUUGGGCGGCUCCCUUUACCUGAUAAUCAUGUAUGCCCUCGUUCAGGAAACAACACCACACAACCAUCAAGCUCUCUUAAAAAGAACUUACCAUUUGCCAAAAGAAUAGUUCCAUUCCAUAGCGUGAACAAUUCAAAAAAAACGUUCUUUUGUCCAGUGUGCAAGCACAACUAUGCUCGGAUGUGGAACCUCAAAAUGCAUAAAUGCCAGGGACCAACGUCAGCCCCCUUUACGCAGAAAAAACCCUUCUCUUUCGCUAGGACUCAACUCUCCAAGAGUGUUGCCGUGGGAACUGAACUUACUGGUCGUAUCAAGGUCGAGGUGACCUCUCCUGAUUCGGAGCAGUCUGCAGUUUCUCAGUUGGCCUGGGUUCAUCCAGCAAAACGCUUCUUACCAUUUCCCCCCAAAUCUACCACAAGGGAACAGCACAAGCAAGGAGAAGAAAACAGCAGCUGGGAUGCAGCAAAUGAAAUGGAAGACGGUGAUGAAGGGGAGUGGACAAUGCCCUUGGAUGAUGAAAUGGAGGUGCUUAACUCUACAGAGAAAACUGAUACUGAUGGAGAGGUGAAUAAUGCUGUGACAGGCGAACAUCAAGGGACGUCGCUGCGCUAUUUUGUCAGAGAUGGUCUAAAACGUUACCCUUGUAACCGAUGUCAGAAAACCUACAGUCGGCAAUCGACUUUGAGGCGCCAUCUACAGCUGUGUGGAUUUAGGCCACGUGGAUCUGGCACUGUAGCACAAAGUGGAAGUCAUGGUGCCAGUUCCCUAGCUGCAAACAAUAUGAAACCAAUGUUUGCCUGUUUUGUAUGUGGGAAGGAAUUUAACCGCAAAGAUAACAUGAUGGUUCACAGUAAGAAAUGUCAUUUGCAACAAAAAAUCCCAGGCGGAGGACAGGUGGGUAGAGGGACUGUGCAGCAGAGUAUGUCAGGCAAUGCAACAGAGGAGGAUGAUGAAGGAAACUGGGGCAUCAUGUCACUGCCCUCCGUUCUUCCAAGAAGGGUGACGUGUGAGUGCGGGGUGGGAUUUACAUCUCCUAGGCUUCUCUUGGUGCAUCUGCAGAAACAUGCACAGGAAUCCUACACAUGUCCGACUUGUGGAGAGACUGUCAAUUCCUGGGCAGACUACGAAGUUCACCUUCAGAUCCAUAUGCAUCCUCAUCACCAGCUGCUGAAGGCACUAAAACCACAACGAUCACAACCAUUAUUGCUUCGUUUUCAGCAGCUGCCGCCUCAGCAGAAGCCUCCUCCUCAGCAGAAGCCUCCUCCCCAGCAGAAGCCACCACCUCGGCCAGUGCAUCAGCCCCCACAGAAGCAGCCACGCCCGCUGCAGCUUCCAAAUCAAUCAAAGAAGCAGCCGCGCAUUGUGUGCACCCGAUGUGGGAACACCUUUUCCUCUCGCUGUUCCCUUCGGCGACACGUAUCCUGGAACCGCUGCAAAGGUGUGCGUGCCACCAAUGCCGCAAACCCACCCAAAACGUUCCAAUGUUCAAAAUGCAACUCUGACUUCCCGAACACAACCAGUCUUAUGUUUCACCAGAGGAGUGGUGCUUGCAAGCCUGCCAUCAAGCCUGUGCGUUGCCCUGUUUGUCUUCGCUGGUUUGGCACUGUGGACGGAUUGCAGAGACACCUGCUUACUCACAAGCCGUCUGAAUCCAAACAGUCUGAAUCAUAUCGCUGUGAUGUCUGUCAGGGUACCUACACAAACUUGAAAUCACUCAAAAACCACCGCAGGAGGAUCCAUCGCAUCAUGGCUGGGGACACCACACCCAAAACGCAACAGCUGACUUCCUAAUCACAUUUUAGUUUCUAAGUAGACAUGUGAGGGGUGCAUUCAAAACAGACCACAUUUUUCAAUUGUUGUAUUUUUCCAUAUGUGCCAAAAGGUGUUUUUGUUAUUUACUACCCAUGUUACAGUGGUAUUGAAGCUUGACAUUGUUAAAAAGACGAUGCUGUGGUAUGCUGUAAAUAGUUAGAUUUAGUUAAUCAAUUUAUUACAUAACCUCAUUGGCCUGUAAAUAAUCAAACGUUUACCACAGAGUUAGUGAUGUAGCUCAUUGUUGUUCCUAGUUUAAUAAACAUCCUAGUAAGUGAAACAUGUACGUUUUAUAAUUGUGUGCAAUAUGGGAUAUUAUCUUAAACUCUUCAAAGCAAGCAAUGGAUAGAAUUGUAUAUAUGUAUAUGCCUCCACAUUAUGUAUGGGCAGUAAACAAACUCAUCACUGAAAUAGUCUUAGUCAGGGUACGUUAAUAGUUGGGCAAAGCGAGCAGCCCAAAACGUGGUGCUCCCAAAAGCUCCAGGUUUUUCUCUGUUUAAACUUGUUUCUGCUUUUUUAGGAAUGCUUAGGGGUAGGUAUAUUUAAAACAUAGCAACAACUGACAGGGUGAGAUCCUUAAGGUGGCUCAUACUUCCUUUCCUGAUAAUGAGCCCUUGUUUUGAGGUCCAUCGUUGCAAAUGUUAGUUCUUUUAUUUCAUUUAGAGUCUGUACUUCAGUCCAUUAACUAAGCUCUAUCACAAUUUUAUCCUAGCAGGUUACCAUUGUAUUUGAACAAAAGUAAGGUUUAAAGAAAAGUUCUCAUUACCUUAGUCUUGGAGUAAUAACUGGCUAAUAAAAACAUAUUUUGAUGUGUU